GCGGCGGCCGCGGUGCCCGUAACGCUCGGCGCUGUUCCAACGGCGGCGCCGCCCGUGCCGGGCCCUGCCGGCGGCCGGGCGGGGCCCGCGCGGGAAGUGAGCUCAGGCGCACCGGAAAGCCCGCCCGUGCCGCGGCCCUGUGUUUGCGCUGCGGGCAGAGAAAGGAGCGGAGCGCCUGCCGCGGCCCAGCCGAGCCUGCCGCACGACACGGGGCCGAGCCAUGUCUGACCAGGAAGCAAAACCUUCAGCUGAGGACUUAGGAGAUAAGAAAGAAGGGGAGUACAUUAAACUCAAAGUCAUUGGGCAGGACAGCAGUGAAAUUCACUUCAAGGUGAAAAUGACAACGCACCUCAAGAAACUCAAAGAAUCAUACUGUCAAAGACAGGGUGUUCCAAUGAAUUCACUCAGGUUUCUCUUCGAGGGUCAGAGAAUUACUGAUAAUCAUACCCCCAAGGAGCUGGGGAUGGAGGAGGAAGAUGUGAUUGAAGUUUAUCAGGAACAGACGGGGGGUCACUCAACAGUUUAGAUCCUUCUGAUUUUCUUCCCCCUUAAUCCUUUUUUAUUUUUAAAUAAUAGUUCUUUUGUAAUGUGGUGUUCAACACUGAAACUGGCACCCCAUCUCUGGGAGUUUACUUUCAAGCGUCUGGUAUUUUGAAUUCUCGUGCUCAUUAUACACUAUUGUUUCUGUUUUCAUUGUGCUGAACUUCUGUGAUCCAGCUGCAACCUUGCUCCCCUCUUCCCUUCUGCCCUCCCCUUUAGGAAUACAUGUACUCACAUGCAUUUGUAUGUUCACUGGGUUCGUGCAUUUCAGGCACGAGGGCUGUAAGAUCUGCCAGGUGGGCGAGUGUUCUUAAUGACUUCCAUAUCUGCCCUGAAGUUUUGAUGUGUGACUGUCUCACUCCUGGACUAUAACUUUCAGUGCGAGAUGAAGUUUUUCAGAGAACUAAACUGUGGAGAAGUUGUGUAUCCAUAACUCAGCUGUUUUGCUUAAAUUGUGCUGAUGGCCCAAUGAAGAAGAUUGCCGAGUUGGAAAUGGAAAAGCUAGAACUGUUGUCACCUGUUCCUUGCUCCAGAGAUGGCUUUGCUGAAGACGUGAAAUUGAAAACCCUAAUGAUUUUUAAAUAUUACCAGAAGAGCCCAGAAGCAUUUUAACCUCAUAUAGGAAUUAGUACGUGCAGGUAUCCAUGCAAGAAUGUUCACAGCAGCCAACUGGUGUUACUUUGACACUCUUGUUUGUACCUUUUGGUCUGGGACGUGGGUUUUGAAUGGACAUUGUCUGUACCAGCUUCAUUUAAAAUAAACAAGAAAACCAAUUUUAUAAACAACUUGCAUUUUCUUUUCAAAUAUUUGAAAGUAAGCAAAACCAUUAGAAAUUAUAGUUAGGUAUGCUUUUCCAGUUGAAGCCAGAAAAAAAAUUGUGCUCUGUAAAUGUACCUCAUAAAAAUUCUUUUUUUCCACUUGCCCUAGUAAAAUACUUGAUCUGCUUGUUUUGCAGGUGACUCUUAGAGACUACUAGCUGUUUCUUUUCUUGGAAGAGAAUAUUCACAUACAGUUACAUAAGUCUUCACUCAUGCACAGAAUUUAAGCUGAAAAUGCAACUUGGAAGUAAACAAAAAUGCUUUUAAUGUCUACAUUUCAUAUUAUAUGGUACCAUUAAAUAAUCUAUGAUAUAUGACA